UUGAUCCGGUGCAAUGAUGUCUGUGCUGAGACAGCUAACUCUGAUUCUGCUAUUCCACCUGGUUUACUCCGGUCAGAUUCUAUGGCGAAUGAAGGACCACGUGCAUAAAAUCCAACAGGCCCGAAUAAAACACACGUCCACUGCCAUUCCCAAAACAGGCACAAUCCACCAACCCCUGAACCACUUUGACCAGCAGGAUGACAGAACCUUCCCACAGAAAUUCUUUGUGAACGACGUUUAUUGGCAGCGUUCAGAUGGACCGGUCUUUCUCUACAUUGGAGGAGAGGGACCCCUCUCCAAAUUCAGUGUAUUGUACGGGCACCAUGUGCUGAUGGCGGAGAGGCACGCGGCACUGCUGGUGUCGCUGGAGCACCGCUUCUACGGGCAGAGCAUCAUCCCUGAUGGACUCGAGACUGAGACCCUGAGACACCUCUCCAGCCAGCAGGCUUUGUCCGACUUGGCUGCGUUCCGGCACUACAUCAGCCAGCGCUUCGGCCUCUCGCACGCCAACGCCUGGAUCAGCUUCGGAGGCUCCUAUGCUGGAGCUCUCUCGGCCUGGCUGAGAGGAAAGUUUCCUCAUCUUAUCUAUGGAGCAGUGGCGUCCUCCGCCCCCGUUCAAGCUCAGCUGGACUUCAGCUCUUACAAUAGGGUGGUUGCUUCUAGUCUUACGAAUGAGGCAGUGGGUGGCUCUGAAAAGUGUGUAGCCGAAGUGAAGGGAGUGUUUGCAGCGGUAGAGGCGGCUCUGCUCAUGGGGAAUGAGACCCAGGUGGGGAAAGACUUCGGCUGUUGUGAGACCCCUCUGAAAGCGGAGGACAAAACGGAGCUGUUGCAGAGUUUGGCUGAUAUAUUCAUGGGAACUGUCCAAUACAACGAGGAGGGGGUCGCAUUCAGCAUCGCUGAGCUGUGUGACAUCAUGACCAAUAAGAGUGAGGAGAAGGAGGCGUAUGACCGUCUGUUCAAAAUAGUGGCGGUAACAAAUCUCUUUUUAUGUGGCUUCCUAAAAAUUUAGUAAAAAAAAAAUUGAAUUGUGUCUAGCUUUAAUAAAGAAAUCCAAUUAAAUGUAAGUUUAGAUGUAUUUUAAAGUUUUGUGGUAUAACAGUGUUCAUUACCACAGAUAAGAUAAGAUAAGUAAUAA